GGAUACAAGUCACCAAAGAUUGCAAUCGCCAUCAGCUGCUUCCCUUCCCCUUGCUCUUCGUUGAUCGUGAGCUCUGUCGAGGACGCUAGGGUUUCGAUCCUACUCACUCUUUCACAGGGAAGAUGGAAUCCAGAUCCGAUCCUUCGGCUCUGGCUCGCGGCCGGCUCGCCGUUCUCUCCGCCCACCUCGCCGCAAACCGAUCUUUCGGCGGUUUCUCGUCGGUCUUGGAGAGAUCACCCACCCUCUCUCAAGAGGACGCGAGGCCGCCGGGGAACCUCGGGGGUUCGUUGACCGUGAUCGAUGAGAGAACCGGGAAGAAGUACGCGCUCCCGGUCUCGACCGAAGGAACUGUCAAGGCCACCGAUCUCAAAAAGAUUACUGCUGGCAAAAAUGACAAGGGACUCAAAAUUUAUGAUCCGGGUUACCUUAAUACCGCUCCAGUCCGUUCCUCCAUCUGUUUUAUUGAUGGGGAUGAAGGGAUACUUCGUUACAGAGGGUACCCAAUUGAGGAGCUAGCUGAAAACAGCACGUUUCUUGAGGUGGCCUAUCUUCUAAUGUACGGGAAUUUACCUACUGAAAGUCAACUGGCAGACUGGGAGUUUGCAAUAUCUCAGCAUUCUGCUGUUCCGCAGGGUGUCCUGGAUAUCAUACAAGCAAUGCCACAUGAUGCUCAUCCAAUGGGUGUACUUGUCAGUGCAUUGAGUACCCUUUCUGUAUUCCAUCCAGACGCAAAUCCUGCACUUAGAGGUCAAGAUCUUUAUCACUCGAAGCAAGUUAGAGACAAGCAAAUUGUGCGAGUACUUGGAAAGGUACCAACAAUUGCAGCUGCAGCCUAUUUACGGUUAGCAGGAAGGCCUCCCGUCCUUCCUUCCAGCAACCUGUCAUAUUCAGAGAAUUUCUUAUAUAUGCUGGACUCUUUGGGCAACCGGUCAUAUACACCUAACCCUCGACUUGCUAGGGUUCUCGACAUUCUUUUCAUACUGCAUGCAGAACAUGAAAUGAAUUGCUCCACGGCCGCUGCUAGGCAUCUUGCUUCAAGCGGUGUUGAUGUUUUUACUGCUCUUGCUGGAGCUGUUGGCGCUCUGUAUGGUCCUCUCCAUGGUGGGGCAAAUGAGGCUGUCCUUAAAAUGCUGAAUGAAAUUGGACAAGUUGAGAAUAUUCCUGAGUUCAUUGAAGGUGUGAAGAACAGAAAGCGGAAGCUGUCAGGUUUUGGACAUCGUGUCUACAAAAACUAUGAUCCUCGUGCUAAGGUCAUCCGCAAGUUGGCUGAGGAAGUUUUCUCGAUUGUUGGGCGGGAUCCUUUGAUUGAGGUGGCUGUGGCACUGGAGAAAGCUGCUCUAUCUGAUGAUUAUUUUAUCAAGAGGAAGCUUUAUCCAAAUGUUGAUUUUUAUUCAGGCUUAAUCUAUAGGGCAGUGGGAUUUCCGACAGAGUUCUUUCCUGUUCUGUUUGCAAUCCCUCGUAUGGCUGGUUACCUAGCACACUGGCGGGAAUCACUUGAUGAUCCUGAUACAAAGAUUAUGAGACCUCAACAGGUUUACACCGGUGAAUGGUUUCGUCAUUAUACUCCGGUCAGAGAGCGGAUGGUAUCAGAAACGACUGACAAGCUUGGUCAGGUGGGAGUUUCAAAUGCAAGCAGGAGACGGCUCGCGGGUUCCCAAGUGUAAAUCCUGGUUUUUCUAAUAAAUCAGACUAGUACUUGUGCGUGGAACAAUAAGCAUAGUAAUGUGUUGGUGACAGAAGCAUGCACCCGGAGAUCACAUGCAUUUUCCACUGGGGUGGUAAGAAACCAAUAAAAUACUGUUGAGCAUCAUGAACAUGAACCAUACGAUGAUGCCUUUUUGAGAUGAAUAAAAAAUAUUGCAUCAUUUCCUUCUUGUAAA